GGGGGAAACCAAGCUGUUUCCCUGGCUCAGCUUGGAUGUUUUCCUUUCGCUUUGCACCGUGUUCCCGGCCCAGCCUCCUCCAUUCACGACCGGGACAAGGCAGUGGACGGAGCGACGGAGCGCGGAGCCCAAGGCAAGGCGAAGGGGCAGCUCAUGUCCCUGCCCAGCACCGCAUGGCCCCAGCGCGAUGAGCCCCCUCCCUGCGGCACCACCACCACCAGCCUCCCGCUGGCCUCAUCCGACAGCGACUCCGGCUGUGCCCUGGAAGAGUAUCCGGAGCCCCCCACAGAGCCUGCGCCCCCCGAGGUCCCGCCGUGCUCCGGCGCCCCCGCUCUGCAUCCCUGCUCACCCACUGACAGCAUCCAACUCCGCACCAGAGCCCUCCUGCAGCAGCUGCCCCCUCAGGACUGCGAUGAGCGGUACUGCCCCGACCUCGCCGAGGAGGAGAGGAGGCAGCUCCGAGCCUUCAGUGCCCGACGGAGACGCGAGGCGCUGGGGCAGGGGCUGGCAUGCCCCGUGCCGGGUCCCUGCCAUGGCUGUCCCUGCAAGAAGUGCGGCCGGAGGCUGAACAAGGGGGACCCAGGGGUCUCAGCAUCGCGCCUCGGGGACCAGUUCUGGCAUCCGUCCUGCUUCUCCUGCCACUUCUGCCACCAGCCCCUGGUGGACCUCAUCUACUUCCAGCAGGAUGGGAGGAUCUACUGCGGCCGGCACCACGCUGAGCUCUUUCGGCCCCGCUGUGCCUCCUGCGACCAGCUGAUCUUCAUGGAGGAAUGCAUCGAGGCCGAGGGCCGGCGCUGGCACUUGGAGCACUUCUGCUGCCUGGAGUGCGAUGCUCCCCUGCGCGGGCAGCGCUACGUGAUGCAGAGCGGCCGCCCCUGCUGCCGUGGAUGCUUCGAGAGCCUCUUCGCUGAGCCCUGCCAGGCCUGCGGGGACCCCAUCGGUGCUGACAGCGAGGAGGCCACGCACCAGGGGCUGCGCUGGCACGCCCGGGCCGCCUGCUUCUGCUGCAGCCGCUGCCGCAAGCCCCUGCGGGGGCAGCCCCUCACGGCGCGCCGCGGGCGGCUCUUCUGCUCCGAGACCUGCAGCCGGCGGCAGGACGGAGCCUCCAGCGCCUCCUCCGACUCCUCCGACUCUGCCUUCGCUUCGGCUCCAUCCCCGGCCUCGACGCCCCUGUCCCGAGCCAGCGCCGCGGGCAGGACCGGCGGCACCGGGGGCUGCAGGCAGCCGGUGGAAGGGGCUGAGGCUCCUUCAGAUCCGGCCCCCGUACAUCCUGCGUUCAGGAGUCGGGAGGGCUGCGGAGCAGUGGGUAAGGAGCGGAGCAGCAAUGCUGCGCACACAGGGAUGCUGGGACCACCGGCUGGACACCCCUCUGCCCCCCAGCCCAGCACAGAGGGUCCCAAUGAGCUUGGAGGCUCGGGACACCCAGUUUUGGGGGGCUCUGAGCCCAGAGCACCCGCAGGCAAUGGAAACGCAUCGUUCCGAGCAGGCACAUCCCCUGGCCAGCACAGCCUGCAGCCGGAGGACAUCGACCUGCAGGACAUCACAGAGGAGGAUGACUCCUGGUGCCCCACCUGCUCUUCAUCUUCAGACACAGACUCAGAGGAAGAGGGUUUCUUCUUUGGGAAGCCCAUUCCCAAGCCUGGGAUGAGCUCCCUGGGCAGGGAGCCUCCGGAGAGGGCCAGGGGCAGGACGGUGAAGCCGUGGGGCAGCAGCAAGCACUGCAGCGUGUCCUAACAGCAGGGACUGGGGGUACUGGACCCGGGCUGCUGCCCUGCCAGCCCCUGCCGUGCUCUCACCACGUUCCGAGUGUGUGCUGGAUGCGGCUCAAGGCUCAUGGGAAGCUGUUGGGAUCCUUCCCCCCCCCCAGCAGCCGCCGGCAAACAACAGCCUGUGAUUCCCAGCGGCCUCUCCCGCAAUUAGGAACAGGAAAAGCAGGUAGGGAGCAGGGAGCUGCGGCCUCCCUUCACAGACACGGUGGCAGCCCAGAGAGCAGCCACAUGCAGGGGAGGGGACAAAGGCAGAGCUGCCUGCAUCGUCCUGCUGCUGGGGACCUGUGGGGACAGGCAGGGUCCUGGCUGCAGGGUGGGAUCCUUCACUGGGAUACCUUGAAGGAUGGCCAGCCAUGCUCCAUCCCUCAUGGCACCA